AUGGCGUCGCGGGGUCAUCGGCGGAGGCCGCAGACCAUGGUGCCGGGGGAGGCGGCCGAGACGGACUCGGAGCUCUCGGCGUCCUCGUCUGAGGAGGAGGAGCUGUACCGGGGACCCGCGGGCCCGACGCGCGGCCGCCCCACGGGGCUGCGGGUGGCGGGGGAGGCCGCGGAGACCGACCCGGAGCCGGAGCCCACGGCCGCGCCCCGGGACCUGCCUCCGCUCGUGGUGCAGCGCCAAGCGGCGGGCGAGGAGAGGGGCGUGGUGGAGGCGCCGGCGGCCGCCCCUGCGCGCUCGCUGCUGCAGCUCCGGCUGGCGGAGAGCCAGGCCCGGCUGGACCACGACGUGGCGGCCGCCGUGAGCGGCGUGGACCGCCGCGCGAGCCGCGAUGUGGCCGCGCUGGCCAGCAGGCUGGCGGCCGCCCACAGCGUGCGCCUGGCGCGAGGGGACCUGUGCGCGCUGGCCAAGCGCCUGGACAUCGUGGCCAGCUGCUGCCUGCUGCCGGACAUCCGCGGCCUCCCGGGGGCCGAGCCCGAGCAAAAUCCGGGACCACAGGCCUAG